AUGUCCAUCUCCACCAGACGCCAUGGCUGGCAACGCCCUCUUCACCCUUUACAGAUUGUGGGGGUUUCAGUGUUCUGUUUCCUGGUUGCUGCAUUUUUUUGCUUUGUUGGGCUUUUCUUAGGGAACAGAAUUGCAGAGAUCACUGUCAACACUGUUUUCUCCUUUGCGGUGCUUUCCUCUGCUCUUCUGUUCAUUAGGUGUGCCGCCACGGAUCCGAGUGACAAGAUCAGGUUUAGAUUCAGAAAGAAGAAGCAAAAAGGUGCGACAUUUGGGGUCUCCAAGCUCAACUAUGGAUACAUCUUUAGCCGGAUUUUGUUGAGGUUAUUCAAAAGGAUGGAGCGGAAGAUCCUAAGGACUUGCAUAAGAAGGAAGUACUUAGACCCAUGGAAUAGUAGGAUUCAAAUCGAGCCUCUCAUCCCGUUUCCACUUGUCCUUGAAGAUGAUGGUUCUUUCACCCCUGAUCCGAAAGACGACGAUGUCUCAUUUUGCUCUCUUUGUGAUUUUGAGGUUCGCAGGUACAGUAAACAUUGUAGGACUUGCAAUCGUUGUGUUGAGGGGUUUGAUCACCACUGCAGGUGGCUCAACAACUGUGUGGGGAAAAGGAAUUACACAACCUUCAUUCUUCUGAUGAUUUUUGUCUUGAUAAUGCUCAUUGUAGAAGGAGGAGCUGCUGUAGCAGUAUUUGUUAGGUGUUUUGCUGACAGAAACGGCAUACAACAUGAGUUGGACAAAAGAAAUUAUGUUAAAUUCCCUAGAGCUCUUCUUGCUUCCUUAUUGGUUGUAUUGGUUUUGCUGACUACUUACGGAACAGCUGCACUGGGACAAUUGUUGUUCUUCCAUAUACUUCUAAUCAGAAAGGGAAUCUCAACCUAUGAAUACAUCUUAGCAAUGAGAGAAGAGAGUCUGUCUAUGGGAUCGUCGCUUGAAGACUCUUCAGGCUUUUCUUCUUCUUCCGAUGAUGAUGAUGACGACGCCGACAAUAACUAUACCAGUGACUUGGAUUCAUCUCAAAAGCAUGCCGCAUUUUUAUCGCGAAUUAUGUGCAAAGAUGGGAACAUGCAGCAGCAGAUUCAGAACCCUCAAAAAUUGGCCAUAAGGAUUGAUGGAGAAUCUGCCGACUCAUCAACAUCUAUCUUGAACAAGAAAAAGCAAAGUGAUAUCAGCCGUGCGAGCAUUGAUCCAUGGAAACUGGUAAAACUGAGCCGAGAGAAAGCUCUUCUCGCUGCUGACAAGGCAAGGGAAAAGCUUUCCAUUAUACAUAAAGAAAGCAGUAGUGAACCGUUGAAGCCCCUGCCACUGGAAACAAGAAGAGGUCCACUUAUGAAAUUAGAUAAAAAUUUGGUGGCGGCUAAUAAAAGGUUAGAUUUGACGCCUGCCGUAACUAAAGGCAUGAUGCUUCUAAAUUCGCCAAGACACUUGACGAAUUCAAGUCCAAGAAGAAGACUUUCCUGUUCUCCAGCACUUCAGCAGCACUAUGGUACUGCUGUGCCAUCACCAAAACACAGCAGGUACAGAAAUGACUUUGAUUUGAAGCUGACUCAAGUCUCCACAGAACUCGAUACUUACAUUUCAAAGCAGGUCUUGUGUUCAGUCUUAAAGGAUGAGGGCUUUCAGGCUUCUCCAAGAUAA